AUCAGUGUUCCUAGGUAAAAAUGGACGACGACGCACUUCAUUAAAGAAAAUAAAAAGAUAGACAUUCUAAUUUUUGAUGUUAUACAAUAUUACCCAAUCACAAUGGCAGAGAAAUCUGAACAUGAAACUCCAAAAGUUUCCAAAUUCAGAUGGAGAAAAGCAGAGAAAACAGAUACUACAGCGAAGUCAGAAAAAACAGAAACAUUAGAGAAGCCAGUAAAAGCAGAAACAGCAGAGAAGUCAGGAGAGAAGUCAGACCCUGAGACUCCAAAAGUUGCAUCAAAGUGGAGAAAAGCUAUUGUCGGUGUUAGAGCGAUUACAUCGAUGAAGGCAAAAGGCCCACCAAAGGAUCCGUUUUUGGACCGUUUCACCGUCACAGGACGUUCAUAUUCAGCAGAGAACGAGGCUCCUGUGUAUCACUUCAAAGAUCUCUUUACUACAAAGUUCUGGAAGACCAUUCAUUUUGACCCGUCCACCACAGGCUACUUCUACUGGUCCAUGGUGAUAAUGUUUGCCGUCUUAUACAACCUAAUGAUCAUAAUACUACGAUGUGUGUUCAUUCAGCCCAAUGAGCAGUACUUAGUGAUGUUCAUAACAUUGGACUACAUCUGUGACACUCUUUACCUGAUUGAUAUGUUCUGCAAGUCGAGACUUGGUUUUCUAGAAUCAGGUCUGCUUGUAAGAGAUGUGCCCAGGCUAACAAAAAUGUACUUGAAGUCAAAGUAUUUAGUGUUAGAUAUCAUCACUCUCCUACCCUUUGAUAUUUUGUACAUUGUUCCAGCACUUAAAUUUGGAACGUAUGUACGAUUUAACCGACUGGUGCGAAUCUGGCGCCUGAAAGAGUUUUUCCAUAUGGCCGAGACUCACACAAACUUUCCCAAUAUUAUUCGCAUCGCAAACCUGAUCUUGUAUAUCAUAAUAAUCAUUCACUGGUUCGGAUGCUUCUACUUCCAAAUAAGCUACACCAUAGGCUUUGGUACCGAUGAUUGGGUGUACCCAUCUCUCGCUAAUCCGGGCUAUGAAAAGUUUUGGCAGCAGUAUUCCAUGAGCUUUUAUUGGUCUACAUUGACACUGACAACUAUUGGCGAUACUGUUUUACCCCAUACCGUAGAAGAGAUUUGGUUUUGUACUGGGUGCUCCCUCAUGGGUGUGCUGAUAUUUGCUACUAUUUUCGGUAAUGUCGGCGCCAUGAUCAAUCACAUGGAUGCCUUAAGGACUGAGUUCCAGAACAAGGUUGACAAUGUUAAGACUUACAUGGACCUAAGAGGUAUAGGACCAGAGUUGCAGGAGCGUGUAAUCAAGUGGUUUGAUUACACUUGGAACAAUAAGCAAUCGGUAGACGACAAAGAGUCCCUCAUGUUUCUGCCCGAAAAGUUACGUGCUGAGAUCUCAAUUCAUGUCCAUAUGCAUACAUUGAGAAGAGUGGCAAUAUUUCAGGAUUGUGAGCCCGGACUUUUGGUUGAGCUGGUGUUGAAAUUGAAGCUACAAGUUUACAGUCCAGGUGAUUUCAUUUGCAAAAAAGGUGACAUAGGAAAGGAAAUGUACAUUGUCAAACGUGGAAAACUGCAAGUGGUUUCGGACGACGGAACAAAAGUGUUCGUCACCAUGUCAGAUGGAGCAGUAUUUGGGGAGAUUAGUGUUUUAAACAUAGCUGGCAACAAGACUGCAAACCGCAGAACAGCAAACGUGAAAACUGUGGGCUACUCUGAUCUCUUCUGCCUCACAAAGAAUGAUCUGUGGGCAGCUCUGGAGGAAUAUCCUGAAGCGAAGAAGAUGCUCAUAGCAAAGGGGAAGCAACUGCUGAGAAAGGACAAGCUUCUUGAUGAAGAGAUGGCAGCGAGGGAAGAAAAGAGGCAGACUGGUAUGAUCACUAAGGUUGACAUGCUGGUAGAAGCUGUAGAGGAGAUUAAGCAUAAUCUUGAGAAGUUGAACGAAAAGAUAGAUAAAUCGCCAGCUGGACUGAGACCUAUUAAUGUGUCUUUGUUGUCAGACAAUGCAAGGUCUUCUUUGACAUCCUUGCAUAACCUGGAUAAACACAAAAUGCCAUCAACAAUUCCAGAGGAAGAUGAAAAGAAACAAGAAAAGAAGGAAUCCGAAAAGAAGGAGCCUGAUGAAAAGGAACCAGUAAAGGAGACAGACAAAAAGGAACCAGAACAGAAAGAAGAAAUAGGUGAAGCAUCAAAAAAGAUAACUCUUGUUCAUGUUAAAUCAAAACAUGAGGAAAGUAAAGAGACAAAACCUGAAAAUGCAACAAAUACAAAUGCAAAUGAUCAACAGACAAACAAAUGAUGAUAAUUUAUUGCACAACUUGUGAUGGUAUUGUAAAAGCAUGCUUGUGUUUUACAACCUUGGUGAUGGAGAAUUUCUUGUUUGCUACGGAGUGUUUCAAAUAGUGAACAUUUAUAAUUCAACAUUUUCAUGUGGUGAAGGUACUGAAAAUAUUGUUGAAAGUGAAUCAUGUGCGAAUUUUUGAACUGAUAAGAAAGUCAUGUCAAAUCAUAUAAGUUUAAUAAGGUUGCAAUAUAAUGAACAGAAUAAAGUUGUACCAACAUUAUCAAAUUAUUCACAUAUUAUAGACAUGUUUUUACUCAAAUUUGUCUCAUCUUACCUGUUGUAGGUUACCAAUUGUCUAUGUGUUAGAAAGAGUUUAAAUACUUAACCUUUCUUGAUUAUUUGUUUAAAAAAAGAAUAACAUUUGUAUUUGUUACUGUUUGUAAUUUUAAAUGUGAUUGUAAAUACUUUUUAAGAUUGCCAACUUUUAAUUGUAAAAAUUAACAUAAUUCUGGGAAUAUUUAGUUAAAUAUGAUUGUAUUAAAUAAAUGAAAUAAUUUUUCAGUGAUUUGGCAUUUUAGCAUAAUGGUAUUUUAGUACAACUAUGAUACACUUAUUAUUAUGUUAUGUUCUAUAUGUUUUGAUGAUUUAAUGCGAGUCAAAUAAAUUGUGUUUGUUGUUUCGGA